CUGGCACGUCGUAUCCCUCAAAAAACAUUUCCACACUGUCAGCAUACUCGCUUGGAAAUGAAAAAUUGUGUACUUACGUGCUUGGUGUACAGCGCACUAAUGAUCGGUAGCAGCCGGGAGGAGUUGGUACAGAACAGCAUCACAGUAUAUCCCAGAGUUCUCGAGGACAGAGAAGGCAACUCCGAAAAAAUUCUCCUCAUACAUGAAGGCCACUCUCUUAAAUUAACGAAAGCUUCAGUGCUGUCAGAGAGAGUGUUGCUGCAAUAUGGAACAAAUGAUGGCGUCAUCGACCGCUAUAUUGAUGGAAAGUAUUAUGAGAGACACCUUUACCAGGACUCUGAAAAACAGGCAGCAUUACUAGUGAGACCUCAAGUGACAGGUGAUUACCACAUUAGUGGGCUGGUAAACGCUUCGCAUAUGAUUGAGCCGUUGACAACCUCGGAGAGAUCACUAUCUGGAGGGACCCCGCACAAGUUAUCAAGGUUAAACUUAUUCGAAGGAAGCCGUCACAUGACAAGAACCCGACGCACAUGGAUGUAUCCAUGGAUGAAGCCCCAUAAGAAAGAAACCCCACUAACACUGCCGAAAAACUUCACCAUCGAGAUGGUGUUCAUCAGUGACUCCACCCACUCCGAGAUGUUUCGUAACGACUCAGAGCACAUUGAUUACGUAAUUGUGUUCAUGCUCGGGGCCAGUCUUCGGCUUCAGCAGCUUAAUCCUCCAGGCUCUAUAUCCCUAACCUCAAUCCGACGUUUGAAUACCACACAAGACUACAUUUAUCUCAGCCUGUCACACGACAAAAAGCUUGUUGCCAUGAAAGCCGUGAGGAAAAUAGGAAAUCAUGCAAUAUUCGACCCAGUAUUGCGCGAUGCAGACGCAGUCUAUUUGACCACAAGGUAG